AAAUUUUUAGCUUCGGACUCGAUUCGUGUAUUUGAUGGGCGCCAAAAGUCGAACCAGCCCUACCCUUAGUGAUGGCAGGGAAACUCCCAUUUUUCUCAUCCUGCAACGGUCAUACCAUUGAGGUAAGCCUGUUCGCACUGUUCUUCCUCUUCGCUCGUCCCGGAUUCAUAGCGUCAAUUUGAGAUUUACGGGAGCUCGGGAUUUAUGAAGGUAAGUUCUGCGUAAAUCCUGCUUAAAACGGGCUGCCAAAUAGCCCCAAAACAGAAUCUCACGAGCCAUUUUAGCUUUUGUUUCAAAAAUCUUGAUAAUUUCUACUCGCAUAAACCCUAGCCUGUGGGAUGGAGCACGAAUUACACGAAGUUGAUUGCAGCAAUAUAUCAAAAGAUUCUGGAAUUCACCCGAUUAUAGGCAUGGAGUCCGUGGCUGCCACAGUUAGUGGUUACCAUGGUACCGAGAGAUGUAAAGUAAUUAAACUGAUUGUAUGUACUGGCGCUAAUUAUGUUGGCGAUAUGGAUAGAUCCAUUACACAUCUGGUUUGCUGGCAGUUUGAGGGUAAGAAAUAUGAUUUAGCACGAAAAGUCGGAACACUUAUAAUCAGCCAUUGUUGGUUCGAAGAUUGCUUGAAAGAAGGAAGGCGCCUUCCAGAAGGCCCUUAUACCAUGCAGAGCGGACAAGAAGCUGGACCAAUAUCAUGCGAAGUGCCUGCCAUUCUUGAAGGCAAUGUCAAGACAAGAUGUCCCUUUGAUGGAGAAAGGAACAAGGCUCCACAUUCUGCAAAAGGAAAGGAGAUCAAUCUUGUAUGCUUAAAUUGGUCUGAUUCUCAUCUAUUAAAGGAGGCAAGCAGAAUAUCCAAAGGAAAAGUCACCAGUCCAGGCACAAGCGAAACUUCCAUGAUGAUGCUAUUGGCAAAACUCAUGCUGAACCUACUGAUGAAAGUAAUCACGCGGUCAAAAUCACAGAACCUGCUGAGUAACCAGUCUCCAUCACCUUCUCUAGAAAAGGCUUCAGAUAGGAGAAAAAUGGGGCAUGAAGAAGACAUUUUAGAGCCAAAUAACUUCUCUAAUUUAGUAAACUCAGACAAUUCUGAUAGCUGCCAUGUACUUGACGUUAACAUUGAUUCGAAAAUAGCAAAUUCUGUAGAAGUAAGAGGAAAUGACCUUUCCCAAGCGGGAGAAUAUAAAGAUGAAAAAAGUGAAUGUGAUGCAUCAAGUGCACCUUGCGGUCUAGAUCAGCAGACAGAACCAUCAUGCGUGAUCUGUUGGACAGAAUUUUGCUCUUUAAGAGGAGUAUUGCCAUGUGGACACCGUUUCUGUUAUUCCUGCAUUCAGGUGUGGGCUGAUUGUAUGGCCUCAAAAGGAAAGGUAUCAGCAUGCCCUCUUUGCAAAGCGAAUUUCACCAGCAUCACAAAAUUUGAGGAUCUAGCUUCUUCCGAGCAAAAGAUAUUCUCCCAAAGCAUUCCCUGUAGCUCUUCAAAACCAAACUUCUUUCGUCUUCCAGGCAACAUAUAUAGCAACUCUAGACCCUCAUCCUCAGAUUCGAUUUGUUUUGAAUGUGAAAAUCGUGAGCCAGAGGAUCUUCUCUUGAGCUGCCACAUCUGCCGGGCUAAGUGGGUGCAUUCUUGCUGUUUAGAUCCUCCAUCGAUUCCAUGGACCUGCAUUCAUUGUAGGGAUCUUAGAAUGCUUUAUCAACGUUUCCGUUAGUUGUUUCUCAAGCUUUAGUUCCUCCGGUUCUAUGAUAAGGUUUCAUUAUUUGGACUCUGAAUUUUGCUUGCUUAAAGUUAACUCCCAUUGCAGACAAUCAUGUUCUUGCUUAUUAUGGCUGCUAAUGGAAAUAUUUUUAGUAA